GGGUCUUCCCGCAGCCGCAGGCCCUCCUCGGGCCCUGUGUGGGCCACAGGUGUUGGCUGCGUUUGCGAAGACUUGUCUGCUUCCAGCACAAGUGUGCUGCCGUUCCGAAUUGUUGUUUCCUAGCUAGGGUUAGAGCUGAGGAUGUGUUUAACGACAGUCGGAAGCAACUACAGGUUGUGAGAGCCCCCAGAGGCUCUUGGCCCUAGAGUACGUGUGUCAGGUGUGUAAGGAAAGGGCGUUGCGACGAAACAAGGCUGUCCAGGCACUGCCCUUCCUGGAAAAUGUAACUGAGUGAUUAAACCACGGCUUUUAUUACAUAGGAAGAGAAUACCAUUUGCAAAGUUACACUUCAGAAAGAAAAAGCUACCUGUCCCUUCCAUUGUUCAAAAAAGACACAUUUAUGGAAAACCUCUUAUCUUGGGAGAAGUCGGAAGGUGAGACUGAUAUUGAAGCAUUCUUGUCAGGGUUAGAAACAGUGCCGCAAUGGAAGUUAGUGGCCUGUGGUGUGAUGGCUACUAGCUCGCCUGUGCUGCCAGAGGCCGGCUCUCACAGGUGGCCUUGGCAGUUGGCCCCAAGUAAGCAGUUUAGAUCAGGUUAUGUGCUGAAAAGCGUAUUCCUGUACUGACUUCUAGGUGUUUUAAAUCUUUAAUUAGAACCUGAUUGUUUUGGUGAAGGGAACAUCCUGUUUAUUCCUUAGAGGGUGAAGUCAACAAAAGAAUUCCUAGAAGAAUACAGUUUAGGGGGUGCUGACCUGAAUGGUUGCUUGGGAGGCUUUUCUGAGGCCAGUUUUCAGUGUCUUUGGUGAUAAUUCUGUUGGUGAGAGGAUUUCAAAAAUAGCCUUUUACUCUCUGAUGUUUAGGGAAUUUUUUUUUUUUUUGAGCUUGUCUUAAUGAAACCCAAAGUAGAAUUGUUUGGAGGAACAUCAGUACAAAAUAUAAUUUUAAAUGGCUUUGAAGUUACCUUGCAUGUGUUCAGAAAGUCCAGCAAACACCAUUUGGGGACCAGGAGUUGCUCCCCACACCCAGGCACUGGUAGAGCUGGGACAUAGCCGGCUGCGGAGUCUGGGCCUGUCUGCCCCUCUCCUCCCCUCAGGCACCUUGGCAGCAGCAGCUGGUGGCUGUCAUUGACGCUCUGUCACUGGGAAGAUGCUGAGUCAGGCCAGCGGGGCUGCACAGAGGUACCAAUAAUAAAACUCACAGACCAGGAGACUGAGGUUAAAGUUGACAUCAGCUUCAACAUGGAGACGGGGGUCCGAGCAGCGGAGUUCAUCAAAAAUUAUAUGAAGAAAUAUUCGUUGCUGCCUUACUUGAUUUUAGUACUGAAACAGUUCCUCCUGCAGAGGGACCUGAAUGAAGUUUUCACCGGCGGCAUCAGCUCGUACAGCCUUAUUUUAAUGGCCAUUAGCUUUCUACAGUUGCAUCCAAGAAUUGAUGCCCGGAGAGCUGAUGAAAACCUUGGAAUGCUUCUUGUAGAAUUUUUUGAACUCUAUGGAAGAAAUUUUAAUUACUUGAAAACUGGUAUUAGAAUAAAAGAAGGAGGUGCCUAUAUUGCCAAAGAAGAGAUCAUGAAAGCCAUGACCAGCGGGUACAGACCGUCGAUGCUGUGCAUUGAGGACCCUCUGCUGCCUGGAAAUGACGUUGGCCGGAGCUCCUAUGGGGCCAUGCAGGUGAAGCAGGUCUUCGACUACGCUUACAUUGUCCUCAGCCACGCUGUGUCUCCACUUGCGAGGUCCUACCCCAACAGAGAUUCUGAAAGUACUUUAGGAAGAAUCGUCAAAGUAACUCAGGAAGUGAUUGACUACCGGAGGUGGAUCAAGGAGAAAUGGGGCAGCAGGGUCCACGCGGCACCGGACCUCGACAAUAGAAUUAAGGUAAAAGAACGAAUCAGCACGUGUGAUGGGGAGCAGCCCCAGCUCCGAGACCCAGAGCCACCCUACAGCCAGCGCCUGACCUUGUCCCUGUCCAGCCCCCAGCUUCUCUCCUCGGGCUCGUCCGCAUCGUCCGUGUCUUCGCUUUCUGGAAGUGACAUUGACUCCGACACGCCGCCCUGCACGGUGCCUGGCGUUUACCAGUUCAGUCUGCAGGCGCCGACGCCCCUGCUGGCCAGUCUGCCCGCCGCCGUGCCCAUGCCGAGUGGCAAGCCUCAGCCCGCCACCAGGACAUUGGUCGUGACAAGUAACACGCAGACCAGACUCGCCAUACCUCCGCCGGCCCUGGGGGUGGCCCCCGGCCCUUGCAGACAAGCUGGUGUCGAAGGAGCCCCGGCACUGAAAGCCGUGCAUCACAUGUCCCCGGCCGUCCCGGCAGCCUCGCCCCACCCGCUCCCCAGCCCCCACCUGUAUCAUAAGCAGCACAGCGGCAUGAAACUGUCCAUGAAGGGCUCUCACAGCCACAGCCAAGGCGGCAGCUACAGCUCUGUGAGCAGUGGAGGCGUGCGGCCCCCCGUGGGUAACCGGGGCCACCACCAGUACAACCGCACCGGCUGGAGGAGGAAAAAACACACACACACGAGGGACAGCCUGCCUGUCAGUCUCAGCAGAUAAUAGCUCCUGGCGGUGCCUCCCGGCCCUGCCCUUGCACAGACUGAGGCCGGGCGCCCGGCCGGGAGCUGAGACCAGCAUCCAGCACAUGAGCCGGGCCCCUCGGCCGCCCGCCGCCGAUCGCUCUGCAUGUCCCUUGUGUGGUGGUCACGUCCAUCUUAAAGAACAGCUCCUUGUGCUCAUCUGUGAAGCCUUAGUCAACGUGGACGCUGUUUUCUGCCUUCCCAGGAUCUUUCCAGAAGCAGGUCUGGACCUGGAGCCGCAAGGAGUGAAGUCGGCCUUGGCGUUUGUGUCUCAGUGGCCGAGUCUGUUCCUUUGCAGAUGGGUGUUUUCGUUUUCCGUUUGUCAGCCACAGAGAUCAAGCCUGUCCUCGGUUCUUCCUCAGCGGGCAGGACGGGAGGUCGCCAUUGUUUUACUGCCCUCACAUUUUGUUUCGGAUUUCAGAACUUUUUCUAUGUAAAUAUUGAAAACUUAUGAUUUGUGCAAUAACUCAGAUAUUUUUUAUUUAAUUUCAUAUUUUCACAUAAGUUAUAUUUAAGGGAGGAGGGAAUUUUUUUAAACAAGCUUAGGUCCUUUCCCGAAUUGCAUUUUCUAAGUUGGGUUCAUCGUGUCGGCUGGUUGUCUGAUGAGCAGUGUCGCAAACACCGAAUGAGGGGCGUGGGUUUAUUUUUAUGUUUACCCUUUGGGUCAGACGGGAGGCCUCUCAGUCCAAGUGCAGGAGCACAGUGCCCCCAGGUUUUCCCAAGGGGCUCGGCUCACGAACCCUCUGACCAGCUGCCCGCCGGCUCUGCCGUCCAGCCUUUGUUGUCUCGCUCUGACCACAGAGUUUUAAUGUUUUGGUUUUCCGUCCUUUUAAACUAGACAACAAAUCCAGCAUUUAAAGUGCCAGAAGUAUAACUUUCUAAGGGAGAAGAGAUUGUCACAUUAUAAAAUCUUUAAAAAAAUGUGAACUUCUAAAUGCUUCAGUCAGUUUUAGUAACAUAGCCUGUAGCGAUGGGUCUGGAGAACGUCAUUGCGGACAAUGGUGCCCAGUUUUAGGAAUGUGGAGAAAGGAGUCAGGUUGAUUCCGUGGAGGAAUCUGUACAGUGUGUAUUCGUUCUGUUAAGAGCACAUCCGUGGAAGCCCCCCAGCUGCUCACUGCGCCGUGGGAGUGUUCUCAGUGCGUUGGGGGGAGCACAGCCCGGGGAGGGGGGCCCGCCCUGACAAGCAUACGGUAUACUAUGCAAGUGUCUUCUGCCAUGACAACCACUGUCUUUGUUACCCUUUUUUGAACAAGAAUAUAUCUAUCCUGCCUAACCCUGAGUUUUCGGAGCACCACAGUUGUCCUGGAAGUUGGCUGCAUCUCAUAGGUCACCUGAGACCCCAUCUUUAAAAUGGGGCUCAGGCCCUGCUGAACACUACAGGUAGGUUGGUCUUUGAAGUCCACUAGUGGAGCAUGUUGAGAGGAGAAGCUUAUUACCAUGACACCCAAUUGAUGUGCAGACUGGGGAGCUCUAGGGCGGCCUCCGAAGGUGACGGACACCCAGCAAGCACCAGCUUUAAAGUGUCUUCGGUCUGUUUUUCCUGAAGCAGGACUGGCCCACAUUGCCAUUGAGAGCUGCCAGCUGCGACAGCAGGCUCCCUAGGGGGCCUUCCAGAACAGAGUAGCACAUUUUGUCUGCAGUUCUUAAUGAGCGAAAGUUAUCAAAAAUAUUUAAAGAUAUUUAAAUUGUGAACCUAUUGAUAAAUAUUUAUAAAAACUGAUAGGUAGGCCUGUACUAAUCUCUACGCAUUAGCAAUAUUGACUGUAACACUACAUUAAGGACACCAUUGCGGGGACCUGGCCAGUGUCCCGUGGGUGCACAUUUUAAAGCUCGAGUCCUAACAGGCGCCAUGCUCCACCCCCGUCAUGGUGAACCGAUGAAUUGGCCUGGCUGCCACUGUGGGCAUGCUUUACAGGUUUAACAAAACGAUACCAUGUUUCGAUUUUGUGUAUGUGCGGACAACAUUGUGGAGGCUAAAAUUGACAUAUUUUUAUGUAACGUUUUUCUAUUCUUUGAUUUUUAAUAAACUUUGGAAACUGG